UGUAUUCUUUUAUUUAUGGUCGAAUAAACUUGUGUGGAAUAUAGCGAAACACAAAUAAAUGCAUUCAAAAAAAUGCAAAUCACGAUCUUUUCUCCAAGUUCUUUUCAUCCAUUAACUUUGAAAGAAGCUUCUGUAUUGAGAGAAGAACUUGCAGCGAGUUAACUCGUCGCAUAUUAAAAAGAACCUCUAAAGUACCACAAAAUAAAAUGAUUAUCGUUUGAUCGUUUGAAAGUGUUUGGUUUGAUUUUAAAUCAACCUAAAAGUAUUUUUGUUUGCAACAAUGUCUGGUUCUAAAGCUCGUCUAGAAUAUAAAGAAGAAUUACCUGUAACAUACCCUUUUGCUAUGACUAGAGGAGAAUAUUUAAGCCUGUUGAACAUUGACCAACCUCCCACAGUAGUUCGCGGAACAGGAAUAAUUUGUACAAUCGGUCCAUCAAGCCAAGAAGUGAGUGUACUAGAAGAGCUUAUUGCGAAUGGAUUAAACAUUGCCCGAAUAAACUUUUCUCACGGUUCUUACGAGUACCACCAAAAAACUAUCGAUAAUAUUCGCAUUGCGGCAAAAACAAUAUUUCCACACGUUGUUGGAUUGGCGUUGGAUACAAAAGGAGCUGAAAUUCGAACUGGAAACACAAAGAAUGGUGGCGAAGUUACGUAUGUCAAAGGACAAGAACUGAAAGUAACUUCUGAUCCAUAUUUUAAAAACCAGUGUUCGGAAAGCCUACUGUUCCUAGAUUAUCCUGAUCUUAUUCAUUCAGUAAAAUGUGGUAGCAAAAUUGUAAUCGCGGACGGAAACUUUUUGCUUGAAGUGAAAGAAAUAAUUGACAAUAAUAAUCUUUUGGCCGUGGUGUUAAACGACGCAACAAUCGGCAGCCGAAAAAAUUGCAACUUGCCGGGAGCGGUAAUUGCUUUACCUGCGGUUUCAGAAAAAGAUAAACAAGACUUAUUGUUUGGUGUAAAAAACAAAGUUGACAUGGUUUUUGCUUCAUUUAUUCGCAAAGCGUCAGAUGUCGCAGAAGUACGAAAUGCUCUUGGUGAGGAAGGAAAAUCUAUUAAAGUAAUUGCGAAAAUUGAAAAUUACGAAGGUGUUGUCAAUAUUGACGAAAUUAUUACAGCAGCAGAUGGAAUAAUGGUGGCUCGAGGUGAUAUGGGUAUGGAAAUGCCAGCUGAAAAAGUUUUUUUAGCACAAAAAAUUUUAAUUACCCGCUGCAACAGAGCUGGAAAGCCGGUUAUUUGUGCAACACAGAUGUUGGAAUCAAUGAUUAAAAACCCCCGUCCAACACGAGCUGAGAUUACCGAUGUUGGGAAUGCUGUUGUUGAUGGAGCCGAUUGUGUAAUGCUGUCCGGUGAAACUGCAAACGGUGCUUAUCCUAUAGAGGCUGUAGCUGUCAUGCAUAAAAUAUGUCGACAAGCAGCUACUGUUCAAUUUUAUAAGGAAUCAUUUUCGGAACAUUUAAGCAAAAACUAUGUCACAAAUGCUACAGAAACAACUUGCAUCGCAGCAGUGGCUGCUUCUUUUAAAGCUCUUGCAAGUGCAAUCAUUGUGCUUACAACGUCUGGGAGAACUUCUUGGAUUAUGUCAAAAUAUAGACCUCAAUGCCCAAUAAUCGUGAUAACUAGAAAUGAACAAGUUGCCAGACUUUGUCACUUAUACAGAGGUUUGUUUCCUUUAGUCUACUCGACUCCACGAAUCAAAGCGUGGCACGAAGACAUGUUUGACAGACUUGAAUUUGCAAUAACUUAUGGAAAAGAUAUGGGUUUUAUUAAGACAGGUUCAAGUGUUGUAUUUGUCAGCGGAUGUCAGCCUGGAACCAAUUCAACAAACACUGUACAAAUUAUACAAGUAGACGAGAAACCAAUUUCUGGAAUUCGUUAUAAUACAAACUUUUGCUUAAUUUGAGUAAAAUGAAAUAUUAUUUUCAAAUUGUUGUUUUUACUUAAGCCUAGUGAACUUCAUAA